CACCCUCCCCCUCCCCAGUGUCGCGCGUUGGCGCCGCUGCCGCCCCCCCUCCCCUCCGCUCCGCGGUCUCGGCGCCUCAGCCGGGCGGUUCCAAGUCCUCCGGGGCCUCUCCCGCCCUCAGGCCGACCUCCGCUCCCCUGCCGGACCGGCCCCUCGGUCCUUCCCUCUCUCCGCCGAGCCGCGGCGGCAGCCCUAGCAGUGGGAGGAGGAGCCGGAGCCGGGAGGCGGCGGCGGCCGGCGAGCCCAUGGCGUACAGUCAAGGAGGCGGCAAGAAGAAAGUCUGCUACUAUUACGAUGGUGAUAUUGGAAAUUAUUAUUAUGGACAGGGUCAUCCCAUGAAACCACACAGAAUUCGGAUGACUCAUAACUUGCUGUUAAAUUAUGGUUUAUACAGAAAAAUGGAAAUAUAUAGGCCCCAUAAAGCCACUGCUGAAGAAAUGACAAAGUAUCACAGUGAUGAGUAUAUCAAAUUUCUACGGUCAAUAAGACCAGACAACAUGUCUGAGUAUAGUAAACAGAUGCAGAGAUUUAAUGUUGGAGAAGAUUGUCCUGUGUUUGAUGGGCUCUUUGAGUUUUGUCAACUCUCCACUGGUGGUUCAGUUGCUGGGGCUGUGAAAUUGAACCGACAACAAACUGAUAUGGCUGUCAACUGGGCUGGAGGAUUACAUCAUGCCAAGAAAUCGGAAGCAUCAGGAUUCUGUUAUGUGAAUGAUAUUGUGCUUGCUAUCCUUGAGUUACUUAAGUAUCAUCAAAGGGUCUUAUAUAUUGACAUAGAUAUCCAUCAUGGUGAUGGUGUUGAAGAAGCUUUUUAUACAACAGAUCGUGUGAUGACUGUUUCCUUCCACAAAUAUGGUGAAUACUUUCCUGGCACAGGAGACUUGAGGGAUAUUGGUGCUGGAAAGGGCAAAUAUUAUGCUGUCAAUUUUCCAAUGAGAGAUGGUAUAGACGAUGAGUCAUAUGGGCAGAUAUUUAAGCCUAUCAUCUCAAAAGUGAUGGAGAUGUAUCAACCCAGUGCUGUGGUAUUACAAUGUGGUGCAGAUUCAUUAUCUGGUGAUAGACUUGGUUGCUUCAACCUAACAGUCAAAGGUCAUGCUAAGUGUGUAGAAGUUGUAAAAACUUUUAACUUACCAUUGUUGAUGCUUGGGGGAGGUGGAUACACAAUCCGUAACGUUGCAAGAUGUUGGACAUAUGAGACAGCGGUUGCCCUUGAUUGCGAGAUUCCCAAUGAGUUGCCAUAUAAUGAUUACUUUGAAUAUUUUGGACCGGACUUCAAACUGCAUAUUAGUCCUUCAAACAUGACAAACCAGAACACUCCAGAAUAUAUGGAAAAGAUAAAACAGCGUUUAUUUGAAAAUUUACGCAUGUUACCUCAUGCACCUGGUGUCCAAAUGCAAGCUAUCCCAGAAGAUGCUGUUCAUGAGGACAGUGGCGAUGAAGAUGGAGAAGAUCCCGACAAGAGGAUUUCAAUUCGAGCAUCAGACAAACGGAUAGCUUGUGAUGAAGAAUUCUCAGAUUCUGAGGAUGAAGGAGAAGGAGGUCGUAGAAAUGUAGCUGAUCAUAAGAAAGGAGCAAAGAAAGCUAGGAUUGAAGAAGACAAGAAAGAAACAGAAGACAAGAAAGCAGAUGUUAAGGAAGAAGAUAAAUCCAAGGAAGGUAGUGGUGAAAAGACAGAUACCAAAGGAGCCAAAUCAGAACAACUCAGCAACCCUUGAAUUUGAGAGUUUCCUCAAUUUUAGGAAGCCAUCUAAAAAGUGAGAAAAUAUUGGGACAAACUUUUCUUUUUGAAGACUUCUGGCCUCAUUUUAUACUAUUUUGGCAUGGACUGUAUUUAUUUUCAAAAUGGCUUUUUUCGUUUUUGUUUUUCCUGGCAAGUUUCAUUGUGAGUUUUUCUAAUUAUGAGGCAAAAUUUUUUUUUCUCCACCAUGCUUUAUGUGAUAGUAUUUAAACUUGAUGUGAGUUAUUAUGUCAAACAAAACUGAUCUAUUAAAGAAAUAAUUGGCCUUUCUGA